GUACCAUUAACUAAGAGCUAAUCCAUCUAACCACUAUAGUUGCUAAAGCAAGCUAAUGCAGUACACAUAGUAGUAGCAAAUCUGCUGCUCGGUUGUCACAUUUAACCGAUACUAAAAUUUCAAGGAAUUAACACCUUAAGUAUUUGACAAUAGAAAGCAAAACGAAACAAAACAAAAAGAAAUUUUGACUUGAUAAGUAAUAAGCGAUAUUGUUUCGGUGUGCAAAAUCAUUACCUAGGAUAAAUCCACUGGGCGAUUACAAAAGGAUCUUUUCAUGGCAUGAACGAAGCUGUUCCAUCUAUAAAAAGACAAAAAACUCUACUUAAUUCUAAAAAUGAGCUUUCGCUAAAUUCAGACUCGGAUGAUGAAACGAGUUAUGAUAAUUUGGAGGAUGGAUUUGAGCUUUAUGAUCCUUUUGAUCAAGUACAAAUUCCCCGUGACCGGAUUUCCCGACCUAUAAAGAUGACCAUAAGUAAAAAAGAACAAGAAAGUGUAGACGCAGAUGAAGAUUUAAGGUUGCGUUUAAGUUCUGGGACAUACUAUGCAAAAUCUCGUCCUUACUUGAGUAAAAAGGCUAGAGAAAACUUAGAUCUUUUAUACAAUGCACCAAAAACUCUUUUGGAGUCUACAAUCCUUCAUGUUGAUUUCACUCCCCAAGAAUGCCAAAUCCUUCAGGAGAUGACGAUGAAGUAUGGGCCUGUUAACACCGUUCGAUUCCAUGAUGCUUUUCCAUUUAAUAUUUCUCCAAAAAUACCUGGAAGAACUUACGAAGAUUGUCAGAAAUUCGAGGCUGAUUGUCCAAACCUGAUCCCUGUUGCAGAUUAUGGGGCAUUGCAAUUAAAGAAACGAGAGCGAGAUUGUUUUUUUCCAAAGUAUUUUGAAAAUUUACACGAUGCGAAAUUAUCACACUUUUAUCGAGGAAAUUGUCUUAACCUCAUACAGAGUGAGACCAUUCUGUUUAUGACACCUUGGAAGUACUUUAACGAAACAAGUGGUGAUACAGUGUGUGUUGAUUUUAAUCCUUUGUUUGGGAAAUUCGCCUUUGGAAGUACCGCUCAAGAUGGUGCAUACAAUAGAGUUGGCAAUUUAUGGCUCGGUGAUUAUCAGUGGGACACAGUUCAGGCUUUAGAGGGCCAUUACAAAAUAAACUGUUAUGGAGAGAACGAGUUUUCAACGAUCUCCGAUCUUUGCUUUUCUCGGAAUGGUCAGUUUUUAUAUACAGGUGCAUUUGAUAAUACCGUGAAGGUAUGGGGCAUGGAGGGAAACCUCUGUGGAAUUUUUAAUGAACCAACUGAUCGAAUCCACAAGCUUUCUUUAUCCAAAGAUAACGUUCUUGCAGUAGCAUGCAAAAACGGUCUCGGUUAUAUGUUACAAAUAGACGAAGUCUCAGGCUCUAUUUUGUCUUCUCAAAAACUAGCAUAUCCUAAAGCACUAAAGAAAAGAUACUCUGCAUCAUUGAUUGAAUAUUCUUCUUCACAUAAUGAUUCCUCUUCUCGCGUUGUGGUAGGCUACGACAGUUUUCAUCUGUCUGAUUCCCGUGGAUGUCUUGCUCUAUUUGAUGCUAUCAAUGGAGACUUCAUUCAAAGAUUCAACACAACUGAUGAAGCAUUUACCUCGCUUUAUAUGCAUCCGUCAAACAUUGGAUUUGUAGCCAGUAGUAACAGCUCUCAGAGCGGAAAAGUAUAUUACAUUGAUACAAGGAUUUACCAACCUGCCAUUGUAUUUAAUACCUCCCAAAGAGAUAUUAACCAUGCUACAAUUAGCAACUCUGGGUUUCUUGUUUCAUCUAGCGGAACCGACAAUCAAACUUUUGUUUGGGAUUCUCGUAAACCCAACAAAAUCUUGAAUGUUUUGAAACAUGGACAAACGAAAAUGAUUCAUUUUGAUGAUGCAAACCAGGAAGAAGUCGAUGCAGGUGUUACUAUGGCCCAAUGGGUUCCAAAUGGGAGUUUAUUUGUUACCGGUGGCAGUGAUGGCUUUGUAAAAGUUUGGGAUCUUCGUUUUAAUGAACCAUUUAUACAAAACUUUGCUGAGCUUGACUUUGCGAUCACCCACGGUGUCUUUAGUCCUGAUACAACCAAACUUUCAGUCUGCUGUAACGGAGGCGAUGUAUAUAUGUAUAAUAUUGGAAACGAUAAUCAUAACGAAUUCGGGGGGUUUACGUUUAAAGAGCACAGUAUCAACUAAGAUGUUUAAUAUUUAUUGACUACAGUUCAUACGUCUUAAAUAAAUGGCAUACAACUUAAUUUGCAAGUUUGAUCUUUAUGGAUGUAGAUUUAUUUUCACGAAUUUGUA